UACUGUCAGGUCUGUCACUCCAGUUAUAACCAAGAAGAAGUGUUGUUCCUUUCGAUUAAAUUUAAUUUUCCGAUUUUAAAAUGGUGCUAGUAACUCCAACUUCGUCAAUACUGUUGAAAUGGAAUAGUGUGAGGCGAUUCAAUUUACUUCCCCUAUCAAAUAUCCUUCGCUCUCAAUAUUCGUCUGUCAAGGAACCGACAGACCAGCCAGAUAUUGUGGUUCCGAAGAAUCCACUGGAACCGUUUCAGACAGCUCAUCUGCAAGCCGAAAACGGUGCUAUUUACGAUAAGAAACCCUGGAAAUUAACUCUCGAAGCAGGCAAACGGUACUCGUGGUGUCUGUGCGGAAAAUCGAAAAAUCAACCGAUUUGCGAUGGAACUCACAAGAAUACCUUCCUGAAAAUAAAAUUGAGACCUAUUCGAUUUCAAGUGGAGAAAACGGGCGAUUACUGGCUGUGCAAUUGCAAACACACGAAGAACCGACCUUUCUGCGAUGGAACCCACAAGUUGCCAGAAAUACAAUCUGCUACAGCUGCUGUAAAAUAAAAAUUAUUUCACACACUGCAAGUGGUGUCGGUGUUGCUCGUUUCGCAUUUGUUAAAAUAGGAUUUAGGAUUGAAAUAAAUGAAAUCAAAGAAAUUGUGUUGGUCUCAUCG